AAGAUAAUCAUGAGGGACAGACUGAGUCACCUACAGGCCUUUUCUCGAACCAGCAGCAAUUUGGAACUGCAGGAAUAUGCAGAAUCAGUCUCAGACUCAAUGAGCAAUGUGGAUUUGGAAGAUGGAUUUCAUCAGCAGGCCAUUAUUUUUGAUGACAGUGAUGUAACGGAGGCUGUGCUUGAUGAAGCUCAGGAGACAAGGCGUGAGAUUCAGCUCAUCAAUCUAGAUGUUAAACGGCUAAGAGAGCAAAACACACGCAUCCUUAGUGAACCGACUCGGACCAGCACCAUAAAGCGCAACUCCAAUGCUAUAGCUACUGACAUUAAAACCCGUGGGGAGGACCUGCUGGAACGUCUACGUAAAAUAAACUCCCACGCUAAAGAACUCGAGGAGCAGCAUGGUAUCAAUUCAGCUGUAGCCAGAAUCGCCCGAACUCAGUAUGCUAGCCUGAGCAACAGUUUCCGUGAUUCAAUGCUGGAAUACAACGAGACAGAGAUGAGCCAUAAGGAAAUGUGCAAAUCCCAUAUCCAGAGGCAGAUGGAGAUUGUGGGGCAGGAGGUGACUGGUGAACACAUAGAGGAGAUGCUGGAGAAUGGCCAGUGGAACGUCUUCAAUGGGAACGUCCUCACAGAGGGGAAAACUGUACGGUCUGCACUCAAUCAGAUUGAAAGUCGGCAUCUGGAUUUACUGGAGUUAGAGAGCAGAAUUCAAAGUGUCCAUGAAGUGUUUAUGGACGUGGCCAUACUUGUGGAAGAGCAGGGGGCCAUGACGGAUUACAUCUUUACCAACGUGCAAAAAAUAGAUGCCAAUGUCGAUCAGGGCCUGAUAAGACUUGAACGAGCUAAAAGACACAAAAGCAACAAUCCAUUUAGGAAGAUUUUCUGUGGAUGCUUUCCUUGUAUGAAAUGAUUUGUUUAACCAAAGAUGCUGGACUUUAUUAACUGAAUGAGAAUGAUUGUGUGGUCAUUUUUGCUUUAGUUUUUCACAAAGUAUUCAAACAUUAAUUCUGAAAUGACAGUUAUGUGUAAUGUUCAGUGAGUAUUUAGUUCGCCUCGAUAAACAAUGUUUUAUUUUAUUAAGACAGUGGACGGGAACAUACAGGGGAUGGACAAAAUAAAAUAAUGGCAUAUUUUGUAAGCAUAAAUCCAACUGGAUAUUUUCAUUGUUUAGGGGCUUCAGGCUUAAAUCAAGCUCAGUUUUCAAGUGCUGUUUCUGGUAAAAUGUCUCUGUCUUGUCCUCCAUGAAUCCUUUAAGGACAAUUUAAAACAAAUUCAAUUAAAUGUACUUCACAGGACUGAACAUGCUGGCCUAUG